AUGGCGACGAUGCCUAUAGUAAAUCCAAUGCCUCCAUUUGAUCCUGACUCGGACAUUGGAGCAAAUAUUGGCCCCAAGUGGAAAAUAUGGAUGGAAGACUUUGAGAUGUACAUUACCGCGAACGGCAUUACAGACAAAGCCAAGAAGCGAGCGCUGCUUUUAUACCAGGCAGGCGCCCGAGUUCGCGAAAUUUUUCGGCAAAUCCCUGAUAAUGGAGAUGACAAAGACUACGACAAGGCGGUUGAGAAACUAAACGAAUACUUUGAACCACAAAAACAUCGAUUGUACGAGGUGUACAAAUUUCGCGAGGCACGACAAGACGUCAGCGAAACUUUAGACCAAUAUUAUACGCGAUUGCGGAGUUUAUCUACCCGAUGCGAGUUUGCUGAUCCAGAUUUUGAAAUAAUGGUUCAAAUUGUCUUAUGUGGUCGCUCCAGUCGACUCCGAAAGCAAGCCUUACGUGAUCCCAAGUUGACAUUGAAAGACCUACUAGUUUUGGGCCGCCAAUGUGAACGAAGUCGUCAACAAGCUGCAGAGAUCGAGGAAAAUACAAGAAACAAUCAAACCGGUAUGAACGAGGAUGCUGUUGUGGAUGCUGUUCGCAAUACCCCUGCUGAAAAGACAUCGCAAAAAUGGGUUUGCAGGAAUUGUGGCGCGGAAUGGCACACAACACGGGAAUAUGUCCAGCAAAGGGCAAAGAAUGCCGAAAAUGUUCCAAACUGA